CCACCUACACAUCCUUCCAAGCUCGAACGAUGCAUUUGACCAACCAAAACAAGGACUGCGAAAUAAAGGUUACAUCGGCCGGUCAAUUGAAGCCUGCAUCGACCUAUCAAACUCUGAACACUGCUCGAGCAGAGAUCAGGCUUCUUUGUAUUCAGCCAGCCUUGCUUCCGACCCAGCCUAUAUGCUGCAGCUUGAGCGUAACCUCAUUCGACGUCGAUGAUACAGAUGACCAAAGACUCGAUUAUGAGGCCCUCUCUUACGUCUGGGGGAAGGACUAUCAGGACACUCCCAUCUACGUGGAUGAUCAGCCACGAACAGUGACUGUGAACUUGUACCAAGCCCUGAAGCAUCUACGCCAUUCUCAUCAAGCAAAAAUUGUGUGGAUCGAUGCACUUUGCAUCGAUCAGGGAAAUCUGGUCGAGCGUACGCAUCAGGUCCCUCUGAUGCGUCGAAUUUAUGCGGGAGCUACCAAAACAAUACUCUGGCUGGGCCCAGAUAUACGUGAAGAGUACUCUCUGGCCAUGGACUAUUUAGAAUGUCUUGGUAGUGAUGAAACCCUGCAUUUCAUCCCCGGAUUGGGCCCAUAUGCAGAGGUGGAAGGCAAGAGCAUCCUGUCUCCCGCAGUUCUGGACGCGGUCGAGCUCUUCUUCCGCGAUCCAUGGUGGUCGCGUGUGUGGACCGUUCAAGAAUGGCUGAAAUCUCAGCAUGCAGUCUUCCAGCAUGGACACCGGCAAAUCGAUAACAGAGCUGUGCGACGAGCCAUACUACACUACAGUAUACACGUAGCAAACGCCAGCUGUUGCAAAGAAUUCCUGAAUUCACCUGAGUCCCGCCGAGUGUUGAGCUUCAUUCAGCCGCUGGUCAGGACGGAUGGUGCAGACAAGACUCGUUCUCUGGUAUACAUACUCAGUCAUUUCAGAAACACACGUAAUGCUACUGAUCCACGCGACAAGAUCUAUGGGAUGCUCGGCCUUGCCUGUGAUAGAUACGAGCACGCAAUCACUGUGGACUAUACACAGCCAAUCGAGAUGGUGCUUGAGAACGCCACAUUCCAGAUAAUUAAGGCGACUUGUUGGCUCGAGAUAUUGAGUCACGUUGGCAUUGGAGGAGAGAAUAUCGGUAUUGAGACAGAGGUCGUCCACAACGCCACUGCAGAAGAAACAGGCUUACAACUGGACCUGCCCUCGUUCGUCCCAAACUACACUUCAAUCUACGAAGACAAGGCAUUCAGCAGUCGGAUGGCCCGAUUACGCGUAUUGCGUUUGUACAAAGCAUGCAGGGACGUGUGGGCCGUCGACAUUGCUUCUGCACCCGGUAGUCUCCGACUGAAGGGCAUUUUCGUUGACGAAGUCCUUGACAUAUGCGAGCCAUCAAUACCCAGCGGCCCAGUUCCAUCCGCCGUGGGCUCACACUUUGAUUUUGACCCCGUCACUUAUCUCCAGGAAUUGCUGUCGAUGUUGGGACUGCACAACUCCAAUAAAACAGAAAUAUCGCGUUUCCAAGAUGUAGACAUCUGGCUCGCCCUCACUGCCUCCAUCCAUAUGCUUUUGGAAUCAAAGGAGAGCAAGACUCCGACCUGGUAUCGUCUUACGCCGGACGGAACAGAGAUACUAGAGUUGACUAAAAAAAUUAAAGGUGUGGAUAGUAGACGCAAGUGAAGAAGACACGUAUGAAUCGUACAGGGACCACGAAAGCAUAAUGGAAUUCAUGAUGUCAUUUUGUCUGAAUUUCAGUAGAGACUUUGUCAUUACUCAAAGAGGCCGAUUGGCGUGGUGUCCUCGAGGGUGUCAGAAAGGCGACGUCAUCGCAGUACUUGCUGGUGGAACCGUGCCGUUCGUUCUACGGGAGACUGGAAAUGGGGGAUACCGGCUGAUCGGUGAUGCUUACGUCCACGGCAUCAUGGAUGGAGAAGCAGUCGAUGAGAUGGAGAAGAGUGGCGGGGUAUGGCAGGAUGUCACAUUGGUCUGAUUUAUGAAUCAAGAUCACACAAAAGCUGACAGUGUGUAAGCCGGCCAGAAUAUGUAGCAUGUGUAUCA